CUCACUCCGACAAGGUCACCGCCGUCUUCCGUCUCCGGACUCCUUCAAACAAACAACCACCCACCGGUCCAUUGACGGCUCCCCCCGGAUUGCCAAUACCACCUUUUAAUAUACCUACCUAAUCCUACCUACCUUCCACACGGGCCUUGACGGCAACGCGACCGACCGACACUCCGAACCCCGAAGCAACAACCCCCUUUUCGAGGUCCUCCCCCAAACUACCACAACAACCGCGGUGUCUACCACGUACAACCACGUACAAACCACACACAACCACACCCACGGCCUCCCCAAACCACACGCCAAAAUGUCCCUCUCCUCCCCCGAAAUCCUCACCGCCUACGACGCCGUCCGCUCCGACCGCUCGCCGGAGAACUGGCUUCUCCUGUCCAACGCCUCGCCCACCACACAAACCCUCUCUCUCAAAGCCACCGGCUCCGGCGGCAUUCCCGAGCUCUUAUCCCACCUGUCGCCGACCGAAGUGCAAUACGCGUACGUGCGCAUCCAGUACGCCAACGACGCCGAGUCGGUGCGCGUCAAGUUUGCCCUCAUCAUCUGGAUCGGCGAGCAGACCAAGGUGAUGCGCAAGGCGCGUGUGUCCAUCGAAUCCGGGGAGGUCAAGCGCGUGCUGGCGCAUCACAGUAUCACGGUGGAUGCGAGCGAGGUGCGCGAUAUUGAUGAGGAGGAGAUUGUGCGGAGACUACGAAAGGCGGGGGGCGCUGAUUAUAAUGGUGGAAGGGGUUAGACUAGAGGAGGUCUAUCUGUCUGUCUGUUUGAAUCUGACAAGAAAGAGGAGGGAUGUGAAGAGAAAAGGAGCAGCUGGAGUUGGCUUUAGCGAAGAGCAGUUGGAUAGAUCUGGGUAUUUUCGGGUUCGCCGGGAGACAAAAAGACGGAGGAAGGGUGCUGGUUCCCUUCCCCUCUCGCAUCGAUCUACUACUACAAACAUGUUGUACAGCAUACUUACUUAUUGUUUGGUUAUUUGGUCUGUACACACCUACGCUGCGGAUACCCCAAACGCGUCCUUGUUGUUCGCAUUUUGCAAAUACGGAACGGAUGCAAUUCAUGGCCCCUUUUAUUGUCCUUUGGCGGUUCUCGUCUGCUGCUUGCUUUCUUCAUCGUUGCUGGUUACACCUGUUGACAGAUCGACAUCGGCCCCCUGCAAAUCACCGCCAACUAGCACAUCGCCAGCAAC